CUGGCAUACAAUAAGGACGGACUAUGUGAUAAAAAAUAUAUAUUUAAGGUUGUUAGUGUGUCGAUUCUGUUAAUUAGUUUGAUAAUUAAGUUAAUUGUGAUUUUAGAAAAAGAUAUCAACAUGAGUGCGACUCUGAUUGUCCUGUCCACACUGGUAUUAGGCUGCCUAGCUCAGAGGUCCCCCUACGCUGGAAAAAAUCCUAUAGGAUACCCGCAAUUGGACCCGACCACUACAACCACUUCUGCUGAUGGAUUGGGUAACAGAUUUGGCGAAGAUGACGUCACAACCACCACAGAAAGACUGCCAAUAGAAGCCAACGGUGACAGAGCACUAUACAACAGGUUGAAGAAGCUACCACUGGACAAGCAACCGUUCUGGUUGAUCAACUGGUUAGCACUGGAAGAACUGAGGAAGAACCCCCAGACUUAUCAGCAUAAACCAAACACCUUUAUCGAUGUUAUCCCGAGGGAGAAUAGGAAUUUGAAUAGGCAAUGAAGAGUUUCCAUCCGAUGUAUUGUAAUUAAAAAAUAUAAAGUAAACAUAGACAGGAAUAGUCUGUGGAGGUACAAAACCUGAUCAGGAAAAUUUAUACCAAAUUGGAAAUAGGUAGUUAACUAAUUUGCAUUAACAUACAAAGACUACUAAACGUAAUACGACUUUAACAGAUUAAUUUUAUUUCUAUAAUUGAGACGUUUUGGAAUACUAUACUAAUAAAAUUAUAUUUUUUCGAAAUAAAUAUCUUACGCUUUUACAGUAAUAUGCCUAGCAUUAUCACUUUAUAAUGGAUUUCAAGACGUAAAACAUUUUUAUAACAUUAAAAAAAAAUUAUCAGUAGGUACUUAAAUGGAAAUAAGUCUGAAAUUUUUACAUAAUAAAAAAAAUAACCGAUGUUCAUGUUCAAAUUGGCACAACUUUACUUUAGCGAAAUUCAGUAGUUUUGCCUGAGAGUUAUUUUGCACCUCAAGUUAUCCUUUAACUUUAAACUCAUCUACUUUCUCAAAAAACGUCGAUCAUCUUUUAAUAUAUUUCGUUAUUUUUUAUAGUAGGCCAAGAUGUUACUGUAAUAAAUACCAAUAAAGCUGAUCUUACUGCGA